AUGAAGGAACACAGUGGGGUACCGCCUUGGAAUGAGUUGGUAUCAUUUAACAAUCCAGGAACACAGUACCUAAAUGAAAAUGACGACGGUUCAAUGUAUUUGUGGAGUAUUUCUGCCACGUGUUACCCCUCUUCUAAUACAUAUAUUCUUGGAUUUAAGACUGGAACAGAUUCUCAUACUGUAGCAUGUGAGACAUGUACAGUUUCUUCUAAUACAGCAACAGGACUUCUCUACCUGUCAGGGCACACAGUGUACAAAUCAGCAUGUUCGGCAACAAGCUGUGGUAGUUGUCCAUCAUGUACAGCGUGUUCUACCAGCAACGGGUGUAUGACUGCAACCAUUUACAGUAUUACUAUACAGUGUUACACAACCUCAUAUGAUAACAAUGACUCUGGAACAUCUACUCUUACCGUUAGUGCUGCAGCAGAAACACCGACAUUGACAAUUAGCCUUCCAGGUUCAGUAAAUGCAGACAACAUCAUGAGUGUUGGAACUGUUUUAGCGACUGCAGCUAAAUCAAGUGGUCCAGCAGUUGUACAGUACACCAAGUCUUCGUCUGUUGCUAAUUCAUACUUGCUAGGGACAUCAAAUAUGUUUGAUCUGAAUACAGGCAACGGUCAAGUAUAUGUGAGAACAAAUCCUGAUGUAGAAUACGAUUAUACGUACACUAUUGGAGUAUGUAUACACAGUCGACGCCAACAGUCGUGUGAAAAUAUGACAAUUAACUUUGACGGUUGUUUUCAAACACCAAAUUGUCGAGAUCAGAGCGAUACCACCAGCUUUAGUGAUCAAUUCCAAGCCGGCGGUACCUUGUUUACAAUGACAUACGACAAUCCGUCGGCUCAUUUCUCGUUCAUCAGUUCAACAUGGCAGAAUCUUAACUUUGUUAUAACAUCGUCUACACUUAAUUUGGCAUCACUAAACCUAACUACGGGUAAACAAAAUAAAUUUAAAACAUAA